AUGAGACGCCCUGAAAACGCCAAUCCAAACAAAACUCCAAAAAGGCAAAAUUACUUUCGAGCCCUCAAAUGUCCUCUGAUACCACCCAGGGAUCGCCUUUUGGAUAUACCCUGCAAGGUGUGUGGCGAUCGCAGUUCCGGUAAACAUUAUGGGAUAUACAGUUGUGAUGGUUGCUCCGGCUUCUUCAAACGCAGCAUUCAUCGCAAUCGCAUUUACACCUGCAAGGCGACGGGUGAUAUGAAGGGACGCUGUCCCGUCGACAAAACACAUCGUAACCAGUGUCGGGCAUGUCGUUUGAAUAAAUGCUUUCAAUCGGCCAUGAAUAAAGAUGCGGUUCAACAUGAGCGGGGCCCCCGAAAACCCAAACUCCAUCCCCAGUUGCAUCAGCAUCCGGCAGCCCAUCAUCAUCACCAUCAUCAUGGCCAUCAUCAUUUGAAUGGUUUGACUGGCCAUCCCCAUGCUGCCUAUCAUCCACAUGCCGGACACCUGCCCGUCUCCCUGGUGACCAAUGUAUCGGCCUCGUUUAAUUACACCUCGCACAUAUCCACCCAUCAUCCUGGAGGUUUUCAUCAUUCGGCCAGCCAUCCCACGGCAUUUCAUCAUCCUGGCCAUGCGGCGGCGGCGGCGGCAAAUGGUGGCCAUGCCAUACCACCACCCCCCUUACCCUUUCCACCCCACCUGCUGCCGCACAUGCAUCACAAUCUCAUUGCCGAGGCCACCAGUAAGUUGCCCGGCUUGACAGCGGCCACAGCCAGUGCAGCGGUAAGUUUGAGUGGUGGCAAUGCGCCGACUUCUGGGCAAUCCUCCCUCCCAGUGGCCACCUAUGAUCUAACCAAUAACAGUCGUGGAGAAGCCUCUUCGGCGGGCAGCAAUGGGGCGGCCAGUAGUACCACCAGCCUUGAAUUCUACAGCAAGGCUGCCAUGGUCCACAGCUAUUCGUCGCCAUCACCCACGGCCUCCAUACAAUCGAUUUCCUCGGUGGGUGGCAGGUCAUCGUUGCAUUCCGAGUCGCCGCGAGUCAAUGUGGAAACUGAAACUCCAUCGGCAACACCACCACCACUGUCGCCGGGCUAUAUUUCACAGGGCCAGCCGGAGGAGCCAUUGUCGCCCGGGGACACAACAACAAACCAUACCAACACCUCCGAUUCGCCCAUAACAUUGAAUAGUUUGCCACAGAGUCUUGGUAGUCGGAGUAGCAGUAAUUCCAGCAACAAUAACAACAACAACAAUAACAACAACUCAUCCUUCAGCAAUCGCAAUUUAAGUUUACAUCAAAUGCAUUUAAGCCACAACAACAACGAUAGCAACAACAACAAUAACCCCAAUGGGGCUGGGGCCAGCUCACGAGCUUCUUCGCCAGCCUCGAAUGCCAGGAACAGCUCACCCAUACACCUGACGGCAUUUACCCAAAUACGACCAUCCUCGAAUAACACCAACACCACCAGCACACCUCCCAUGCAGCCUGGCAGCAUGCAUACGGGCCCAAGCUCCACCCAUCAUCAUCAAGCUGCCGCCGCAUUGUAUGCAGCUCGCCAAAACGGUUUCAUCGAAUUGCUCUUAAGUCCUGACAAAUGUCAGGAAAUCAUUCAGUAUCAAAUGCAUAAUUCCAUUGUCUUCCCACCAUUGCCACAGCAAUUAAUUGGCCUCGAUUCGCGUCUCAUGUCGUGGGAAAUGUUGCAGGAGACGACAGCGCGUCUGCUCUUCAUGGCCGUGCGUUGGGUUAAGUGUCUGAUGCCAUUUCAAACUUUGUCACGCCAGGAUCAAAUCCUAUUGUUGCAGGAAUCGUGGAAAGAGUUAUUCCUGCUCAAUCUGGCCCAAUGGAUAACACCUUUGGAUUUAAAUCCAAUUUUCGAAUCGGCCAUGAUCAAGGAACGUUUGCCACAAGACGAAACCACAGACAUGGAGAUGAAAACAAUCCAAGAGAUCCUACUGCGUUUCCGACAAAUCGCCCCCGAUGGCAGUGAAGUUGGCUGCAUGAAGGCCAUCGCUUUGUUUACACCCGAAGUUGCAGGGUUGUGUGACAUACAACCCGUUGAAAUGCUACAAGAUCAAGCUCAAUGUAUACUCUCCGAUCAUGUACGUAUUCGUUAUCCACGACAAGCAACACGAUUUGGUCGUCUUUUGUUGCUCUUGCCCUCGUUGCGUUCCAUACGAGCGUGUACAAUUGAGAGUCUGUUCUUUAAAGAGACAAUUGGAAAUGUACCCAUUGCAAGGUUACUCAGAGAUAUGUACACCAUGGAACCGGCUACACCUGUGGUGGCGCCAACGGCUCUAAGGACACCAGCAGCGGCAUCGGAGAACACAAACUCAGCAGGAGAACACCACCAGCACCAGCAGCAGGAGAAAUAAAUGAGAUGAUAAAUCGAGAAUAAUUAUUGGAAAUUAGGACUUUAACAAUAUUUAGAGCGUAUGAAGUUAUAAAAGUUAAUGAAUAAAUAAAUGUAGAAAUUAAGAUGUUAUCGAAAAUUUAAGUUUUUGAAAAUUUGGUUGUAAAAAAAAUAUAUUAAAAAAAUACUAUAAAUGU